GACAGUUGGACCAGUUGUUUCAUCUCAUGGUGACAGAAACUCUGUCAUUAUCUGGAAAAUGACUUUAAAUCACAUCUUCACAAAGGAACAUUAACCACUGUUUACAGAGUCAACUGUUAAAACUUAUAAUUUCUCUUAUUUAUUAACACAUUCAGCUGCUAGACAAAAAAAAUCACAACAAAAGGAACAAACUCAAACUGCUGUGUAACCUUUAACCUUUAUUUGAACAAAACCUGAAGCUGUCUUCUGUUUGUUGGUUCCUUCCAUCCCCUUUGCUGUCGUCCUUGUUUUGAAUGAGCUGGAGCCGCUCCACUGCGGCUGCGCUCUACAAGCCUUUACGAUUCUGUGUGGGAGUGGGCGGCUCACACACUGAAACCUGAAUGUCAGAUCGCCACGCUGAUGAAUCACAGACGAGGAUCAAAAGCAGAAAGCGCUGGAGAGGAGGAGGCGGAGGCUGAAGAUGAAGGCCAAAUCAAACAUCCCAACAUCAUGGAGCAGUUUAACCCAUGCUUACGGAACUUCUUAGCCAUGGCAAAGAGCUACGAGAAAGCGCUCACCAGUGUCACAUUUGCUGCAAAGGGCUACUUCGACGCUCUGGUGCGGAUGGGCGAGAUGGCCAGCAAAAGUCAAGGCUCUAAGGAUCUUGGGGAUGUUCUGUUUCAGAUGGCUGAAGUGCACAGACAGAUCCAGAUCCAGCUUGAGGAGAUGCUGAAGUCCUUCCACAACGAGCUGCUCACAGAGCUGGAGAAGAAGGUGGAGCUCGAUGCUCGCUACCUGAACGCGGCCCUGAAGAAGUACCAGAUGGAGCACAAGAGCAAAGGGGAGAGUCUGGAGAAAUGCCAGGCGGAGCUGAAGAAGCUGCGCCGGAAGAGCCAGGGCAGCAAACACUCGUCCAAGUAUGGAGACAAGGAGAUGCAGUAUGUUGAGGCCAUCAGCAACAAGCAGAGUGAGCUGGACAACUACAUCGCCGAGGGCUACAAGAACGCUCUGUCUGAAGAGAGGAGGCGGUACUGCUUCUUGGUGGACCGUCAGUGUGCCGUGGCCAAGAACAGCAGUGCCUACCACAGCAAGGGCAGGGAGCUUUUAUCCCAGAAGGUCCCGGUGUGGCAGCAGGCGUGUGCCGAGCCAAACAAACUGCCAGACCGAGCCAUGUUCCUAGCCCAGCAGAUGAGUGGUGCCGCGGGCACCCUGCCACCUGGUGCUCAUCACCCCACCAUCUCUGAGCCAAUCCCCAGUGCUAAACCUCUGCCGGUGCCUCCAGAACUGGCAGCCUUCAGGGCCGGCGGGGGCAUGGGACAACAGAGGAUGAUGGGUGGAGUGGAUGGAGCCAUGCCGGUGAUGAACGGGGCUCCUGGGGGAGAAGACUACCAGCAGUGGAUGGAGGGGAAGGUUGCCCAAGCCAAGGCCUCUCCACAGACUCAGCGGCAUGGAGCGGAGGUCUACUCAAACACCCUGCCAGUUCGCAAGGCCGGCCCGGCCAAAAGCAAAGCCACACUACUGGAGACGCGAACGCUGCCCCGCUCCAGCUCCAUGGCAGCAGGUCUGGAGAGGAACGGAAGAACUCGAGUCCAAGCCAUCUUCUCCCACGCUGCCGGUGACAACGGCACGCUGCUGAGCUUUGCCGAGGGCGACGUGAUCACUCUGCUGGUCCCCGAGGCCCGUGAUGGCUGGCACUACGGAGAGAAUGAGAAGACCAGGAUGCGUGGCUGGUUUCCCUUCUCCUACACUCAGGUGAUCACUGAGGGCGACGGCGACACCAUGAGGCAACUUCGAGUUCACAACCUUCAUCAUGGGAAAAGCAGCAGCACAGGAAACCUUCUGGAGAGAGAAGACAUGAGUCUCCCUGUCCAUGAUUACAGCAUGCACUCGCGCCUGGCUGCACAGAGCGCUGCCUCUGCGCACAGCAGACAACAACGCCCCUACAGCGUGGCUGUGCCAGGCUUCUCACAGCUGCAGCAGGGAGUUGAAGAGUAUGAACCCCGCUUCCCCACUAGUUCCUCAGAAGUCAAAUUGAUUUCGACAGUGUGAGGACUGGCAGACAGAAAGGCACAGAUGGUGAUAAGACAGACUCCUCUACCACUCCUCCUCCUUCAUUCACUCCUUUUCCUGCCUCCUGCUCACGGCAAUAAACUCACCUCGAGCUGAUCGAUGCUGAGGGAAAAACAUGGAUCCGCCUCUUUUGCCUUUCCUCGGAUCUCUUCCUGCUUCACUGCUUCACCCCGUGCUGUCUGUCCAACCAGUUGCCUCUCUGAUUUUCUGAAGGAGCUUCAUCCUCACCAAACAGAACAGACUCUGUGCCACAAAUGCACUCUACUGAUAUGACGGACCUUUUCUAUCAGGAAAAUGAGUCUUGUGCUUGUCUUUCAUGCAUGUACAUUUGUUCCCUAAACAAUCUGAUUCCCACUGUGUCCGGGCUCUCCAUUAGAACAACAACACGAAGGAAAGGACAGUGGUUUAUCCCAAAGAGGAUUUUCGUAAUGUAAAAACUUUAGUUAAGACUUUUACUGGAUCUUUCAGUAUUUAAUGACUUUUCAUGCUGUGAAGUUUUGUAUUCCUCUGAGUUAUGAGGCCAUGUAUUGUAAGUAGUGAACAGCUCACGUAAACGUUUCAUCAUAUGAAAGACAAAUCUGAAUGUUUAAUGUACAUAAAUGUGCCCUGCAGAAGCGCUCGUCAUAUCUGUGAUCUGUUAAUGGAAAAAAUGCACCUGACUCAACUCCUUUAUUUAUAUUUAUUUAAAAAAUAAACUUGAAUGAUUUUCGUAUCAGUCUUUGAAGCUGGAGGUACGUAACCUAGGUGCUCGGAGUUUUCUGAUCUGCUGUGAUUUUCCUGCUGAGGCUGAAUGAGGUGUGAUGAUCAUGAGGCUCCUUCACAGGUCUGAGUUUAGCUCAAUGAUGCUGCAUUUCCACUUCAGUCAAUCAGAAAAACCAUCUAUGAAAUUCCUCUCAUUGAUUAGCUUUUCUGGCAUUCAUGCGUAGAAGAAAAAACAACCAUCGUUUGGUUCUCAUGAUCUCACAUGUGCACAAAGUAGGGAGGAAGUUAACACCUGCCCAUCCUGAUUGAUUUAGAUCAGAAAAAAUCAAAUCUACAUCCAAAUUUAACAUUACUGUGAUGUUCUUCAAAUUCACAAUUUGUAUUUACGCAGUUUUUAUCCAGCAGUAAUUUUUCAUCAGUAUAAUUUGUUGAAUCAAAGCAACAAACAUGGUUUGUAAAUCAUGUCUCGAGUCAUUUCUGAGCAUUUUAGCUUCAGAAACAUGGCCUCUGUUGUGUUUUGGGUUCAAGUAUCAAACUGCACAUGAAAAAAUAAGUUCUCUGCAAAAUUAGAGGUUUUAUUUGGACUCAUUUGGAACGUUCAUGGACUCGCCCAUCUUGACUCACAGCGGGGAGGCUGUUGUUGGUUUAGAGUCCAGGAGACGGCAGAGAGCAUCGUAGCUAGUAGAAGCUAACUGUUAGCAUUAGCAACUCCACCACACAGCAUAACUCCCCUAGGCUUGUGUUAUUUGUGGAGAUAAAACAUCAACGUUGUAAAGCAAACCGAGUCCGUGGUACAGUCACGUUGCUGUUAGCCAAUCAGAGGGGAGAUGUCCAAAUAUCAGGAAAUAAGACUCCACACCUUGUCGUCUGAAGCUAGUUUCUCCUCUGGCUAAAUUAUUGGUGCUGAAACGCUCGAGGCAUUCAUUCCUACUAGAGAUCUCUGCAAAUGUAUGAAAAAUGAAAGUGAAGGUCCUCUUUAAAGUGAAAAGGAAGCUUUUAGUUAGUCUGGCUGAAACUUUUAUUUUUUGUUGGAACCUCAUUCAGCCUUUAUCUGAACUUCAGCGAGUCACAAAGCGUCAUGUUUUAAAUACCCAUGUUUUUCUUAUUCUAUAAAAAAGGAUUCAUGUCCGUUGACCCAUUUGGUAACUAAAUGAUUCAACAGGAUUUGACUAGUUCUGCAAACCUAUCUAUCUGCACCGUAUAAAAAGAGAAGGCAGAGUUGUUGUUUGCGAAUUUUCAAAACAGUUCAGAGGCUGAACUUGUUUCAACUGAAACCUUUUGACUCGUUUACAUUUCUAGAAAGCAAAAAAAUCUGCAGUUUGAUGGUCUGGUUGAGACCUUUUAUCCUACGGAGUAGAAGCUUGUCCCACAUGUCUGCUGUCUCUGCUCUUUCCUCAGCUUGUUGUUGAGACCUAACAACCGUCCUUCCCCUCAGCUUUGCCAACCCACCUUUUGUCUUCAUUUGUUUUGAUGAAUUUAGACAGAAAAGUCGAGAGCAAACGGCUGGAAGCUGCCAGUGUUUCUUCUUUCUCCACUAAAAUAGUCCAAGGUAUGACGGCACAGACGGCACACCCAUCACCUGUGGCCCAACGGCUCCUCCACCCACUGAUGUGUGCGUUGAAUGUAACGAGUUUUCAUGUAAAACGGUGAAGAUGCUGUACAGAGAUUUUAUGAAUAUGCAUGCUUUGGGGGGGCAGCAAAAAUGUCAGAAUUAUGACCUCAAAUGUCUGGUGAAUUUCUACUAUAAAAGAGUAUAAAAUAAAUUGUAUUCAGAUGGA